GCGCGCGGAGCUACGGCGGCCGCGCGGGCCGGGCCGGGCGGAGCCGCUGCCGCCAUGGGCUGGGUAGAGUUGCAGGUCCGCGGCUAUCCCGAGUUCGUGCGGACGGCGCAGAGUUACCACGGCCGGCCUAUCUUCGUGCUCUUCUGCGGCGAUAAGGACGCCGAGGGCAGGAGUUGGUGUCCCGACUGCGUGACGGCUGAGCCAAUUGUGAGGAAGGAACUUCAUAACCUGCCUGAUGAGUCAGUUUUCAUCUACUGCCUAGUUGGAGAUAGACCCUACUGGAAGGAUCCCAACAAUGAAUUCAGGAAGAAUCUGAAACUAACAGGAGUGCCUACACUACUUAAAUAUGGAACACCUCAGAAGCUGGUCGAAGAAGAAUGUUUUAAAGCAGAGCUUGUGCGCAUGUUAUUUACUGAAGACUAAAGCCCUUACUAGUCAGUCCUUGAUGAAGAUGGUAAUCUCAAUUACUGCAGUGUCCUUUCAAAGAAUCACUGACCUUUAUUAAAACUUUUGUAAUUAAUUACUUCAGACUAGUCAAGAUAAAUGUCCUGAAAUUCUGGGUCCAAACCUUACACUAAAAUCUUACCAAAAGAAACUGUAUCUUUCCUUUUAUGUCCAAAUAAACUUGAGUUUUCAAACUGA